CUCUGAUUAAAUUCAGAUAGACUACCGCCAUCCCCUAAAGGAUUGCCAAACCACCUUGUUCUCUGUGGCAGCAAUGGCUGCUCUCUGCCUCCUUAAAGUUCCCAUUGGCCGUCUCUCCGACGCUCUUGGUGCUUUUCCCGAUUCAUCCUUCCCCUCGUCCAUGCCAGUUCCCCGUCCGUCGAAGAGGGUAUGUUGUAAGAUCGCCCCCAACGCCAAGCUUACUUCCAAGGCAAAGGUUUCCGCUGCUUGGUCGGCCUCUGCUCGGCGGAAGGAAGAAACCGAGGCCCUGAACAUCGCCAAUGACGUGACUCAGAUGAUUGGUAAGACUCCGAUGAUAUAUCUCAACAGAGUUGUGGACGGUUGUGUGGCAAAUAUUGCUGCAAAGCUUGAGUCCAUGGAACCAUGCCGAAGUGUCAAGGACAGAAUCAGUUACAGUAUGAUAUCUGAUGCUGAAUUAAGUGGCGCUAUUUCACCUGGAAAGACAACGUUGGUAGAGCCAACUAGUGGAAACACUGGAGUUGGUAUUGCUUUUAUUGCUGCCUCCAAGGGAUACAGGCUUAUCUUAACAAUGCCAGCUUCUGUAAACGUAGAGAGAAGAGUCCUUCUUCGUGCUUUUGGUGCAGAGCUUGUUUUGACAGACCCUGCUAAAGGAAUGAAAGGGGCAAUUGAAAAGGCAUCAGAGAUUGUGCGUGCAACACCAAAUUCGUACAUGCUUCAGCAGUUUGAAAACCCAGCAAAUGCAAAGAUCCAUUUUGAAACUACUGGCCCAGAAAUAUGGGAGGAUACGAUGGGCAGUGUUGACAUAUUUGUUGCUGGAAUUGGGACAGGUGGUACUGUGACAGGCACAGGAAGAUACCUGAAGAUGAGAAACAAAAACAUCAAGGUAGUUGGAGUAGAACCAGCUGAGUCUAGCAGUAUAUCUGGUGAUAGUCCUGGAUGUUUCCCUAAAAUUAUGGAUGUUAGAUUGCUUGAUGAGGUUAUGAAGAUCACUAAUCAUGAGGCAGUCGAAAUGGCAAGGAAACUAGCAUUGAAGGAAGGUUUGUUGGUUGGUAUUUCAUCAGGUGCUGCAGCAGCUGCUGCCAUUAAUGUCGCCAGAAGACCAGAGAAUGCUGGGAAACUUCUUACAGUUAUUUUCCCCAGCUUUGGUGAGAGAUACAUUCCGACUGUACUUUUCCGUUCAAUUCAUGAGCAAGUUCAAAGAACACAUGAAAGUUGACAAUUGCCAAGCAGUUGCACUUGCCAUUGAUUUGAGGAAUCCCCUCUCUUGCCACUGGGACCUGUUAGGUCAUGCGUUAUGGAUCUUAUGCAAAGACUGGCAUGCCAGGAAAUUCCACAAGGGAAGUGCAGAAAAGUGCAAUCUGUUUCCAGUAAGGAAAUGAAGACCCAUGGGGUCCCGUUGCAACAAGUUUUGUUUGUGAUUUCGGCACCGAGUCUUUUGAGAAGUGUGAUUAGUGUUUGUAUGAUUUGGCUGUUGUUCUAAUUCGUUGGGGUCCUUGUUUUAUUGACCCUGCAUAAUAUAUUUGUGCUAAA